AAUGCGCUGGCUCCCCGGAGGGAUGGGGCACCCUAUAAAACCCCACACGGAGCCUGGCCCUGCCACCCUCUUCCCAGCUGCUGCCGCCUCUGCCACCCAGGUGUCCCUCCUCACCCGGCGAUGUCCUGCUACGACCUGUGCCUGCCCUCCUCCUGCGGCCCCAGGCCACUGGCCACCAGCUGCAACGAGCCCUGCUACCGGCGCUGCGGGGACUCCACCACCGUCAUCCAGCCUCCCACCGUGGUAGUGACCCUGCCCGGGCCCAUCCUCAGCUCCUACCCGCAGAACACGGUGGUGGGGUCCACGGCGUCGGCAGCGGUUGGGAGCUACCUCCGGUGCUGCGGGGUGCCGGUGGCUUCCAGUGGCGCCCGGGGGCUGGGGAAGGCGGGACUGCUGUGCCUCGGUGGUGGGCUGUAG